AUGACGCCACUUUCGACGGCUGAUGGCCGCGGCGCCAGUGUCGUAGACCCAGGCAUUGCUCGCUUCCAAGCUGUCAUUCGAGGCAAUCGAUCCCGGAAGAUCCACGUCGAGCGUGUCAAGCAGAACUUGGCAUGGGCCCCGUUUGUACCUUGCAGCCACGACGCCGUGGACGCGAUGCUUCGACUGGCGAAUGUGACAGCCGAGGACGUGGUGCUCGACAUCGGGUGCGGCGACGGACGCAUCGUCUUUGCCGCCGUCGACGCGCCGUUCUCGGCAAGGCAUGCCAUCGGCGUCGACAUCGACCCAGCGCUCAUCGCGCAAUGCCAACACAUGCAGCAUCGGCGGCGUCCAGAGAUACCUGCCAACAACGUCACGUUCAUCUUGGACGACUGGGUGCACGUGGACAUGUCGCUCGUGACCGUCGUCACCCUCUUCUUCCUUCCGCAUCCGAGCAUCGCGACGGAUCUGCGCGCCAAGUGCCAGCCCGGGACGCGCAUCGUAACGUACGUGUUUGAAAUCGGCGAAUGGACGCCCGUGGCCACGGGCGUGACGGUGCCCUUUUUAAAAGAACAUGGCGAGUCACCGUUGUUCUUGUAUCAAAUAUAA